UCUUGUCCAAUCUCGCUUGGGGAAGCCUGUGCUUCUGAUGCUAAUACUUGUCUUAACAACUGUAGAGUAAAUUAUUUGUGUAAGAUUUUCUCCCAAAGCUCUAGAAAAUGCAUGUCAAGUCGCUAUGGAUAAAAGUUUCUGCUAAUUGACUAAAAUCUAAAGUACACAUAAAAGACAAAGGGCACAAAACCAAUGUUUGUUUUCAAAGGCACUUCCUGCACUAUGGUAUUAAUUAAUACAUUUUUAUUUAACUAGGCAAGUCAGUUAAGAACAAAUUCUUUUUUACAAUGGCGGCCUACCCUAAUGGCCAAACCUAACCCGGACGACGCUGGGCCAAUUGUGUGCCGCCCUAUCGGACUCCCAAUCAAGGCCGGUUGUGAUACAGCCUGGAAUCUAACUAGGUUCUGUAGUGAUGCCUCUAGCACUGAGAUGCAGUGCCUUAGACCGCUGCUCCACCCGGGAGCCCAAAAAAGGAGUGUCAAUUGAUACCAAUUUCAAUAUGGAAUCAAAGAUCUACAACUCUACAUCUGAACUUGUACAGUGUCAUUCAUAUUGGCAGACACGUUUAAAACACAUAACAUGGAAUCAACAAUGAACUGUGAAAUUCAAUCUAACAGUUCCAGAGGGGAAAUUAACAUGAGGGUGGACAGGACGGUUGAUAUACCAGUUUAUGACAUCUCACUGCUCAGGAACAUUUGGGAAGGCAGAGAGAAAAAAUACAAAAACAAGCAGAAGAAGGAACACGAGCGAGUACAGAAAAGCGCUCUGGCAAAGAUCAAUCAACAAUGGCAGUAUCGCAUAGCAUGCAAGACAUUGAAGUCCAACGAGGUGGAAGUGCUCCAACACUACCUGACGAGAACAGCUCUGAAUGAAAUUCAGCCCCACCAGGAUAUACCAAACACAGAUGCAAAUUCCAUAAUUGAGGGCAUCAAAUUCAUUUUUGAGCUGGAUGGUGAUAAAUGGAUGGAACUUCCUGAUAAUCUUCUUGAUAUGACAUACCUUCGAGAAUGGCACAUAAGAAGAACUAAAAUCUGCAAACUACCAGAGUGGAUUGUGCAGUUUCCGGACCUCUGCGUAUUGGAUAUACCACAAAACGGAAUUGACAAGCUGCCUGUUGAAAUAGGUCAAUUAACAAAGCUGAGGGUGCUGAAAGUUAAUUACAAUAGGCUGUCCAGUAUUCCUCCAGAACUUGGUGAAUGUGAGAAUCUGGAGAGAUUGGAGCUAACUGGAAAUUAUCUUGAACAGUUGCCUUUUGAGUUAAGCAAUCUCAAGAAAGUCACACAUCUGGAUAUAGCAGAAAACCAAUUCGCCAGCAUACCCAUCUGUGCUCUUCGUAUGACAAGCCUACAAUUGUUGGAUAUGAGUAUCAACAUGUUGACGGAUUUGCCUGAGGAUAUGGACAGGUUGGAAGAAUUGGAAUCCUUGUUUGUUCAUAAGAAUAACAUGUCAUAUUUGCCAAAGUGUUUGGUAAAUAUCACUACACUCAAGAUGAUUGUUGUUAGUGGAGACACAUUGAUCUGCUGGCCUUCAGGGCUUAAAGAAAAUCCUGCCAUCAAAUUCAUUAAGCUAUAUGACAACAUGGUUGAUGAAAUAAUGGAGGGGGAUGAUGAGAUAUUGGAAACACGGCAAGACCAUCACAAAGAAUUUAUGCAGACAUACAUUGACACAGUGAAGGACAGAGAAACUGCCCCAACAUACACCACCAAAGUGUCAUUCUCAUGCUGUCUGUAAUGGAGAUUCAGAUGACCAGAAGAAAACGGACAACCAUGCUGCUGUGCAUGCAUUGCAUGUCAAUCCUCUGAACACUUGUAAACAGUGGUCGAGUUCCAGGCUGACUACAUUGCAGAUGCAUGCCAAAACUCACAUCACCUGGAUAGAUGUUUAACACAGGGGCGUAGGCAUGUAACGCUCUUUACUUGUCAGUGUUCCAAAUGGGAUAUU